AUACUGCCUGCCAACUGCGAAGCAUUCAAGGCAUUGUUUUGUUUACCUUUUCUGUGCUAUCAAUUGACUCCAUGACCUGCCGAGUUUCUGCUCACUCUACUCAUUGUCCUUUAGGUAUUCUAUAAUCACAACCAACAAAUGGCAUCUCGUGCGAACAAUCAGAUGGAGCAAUGUCUCCAAUCAAUUUGGGCUCACGUCCUCAACCUACCUCAUGUGCCCCUCGACCAGUCGUUUCUGUCCCUGGGCGGCGACUCCAUUUCCGCAAUGCAGGUCGUUGGUCAGUGCCGCAAGGACGGCUUGAGUCUUGGCGUCCAAGACGUUCUACGGAGUCGAUCUAUCACCCAGCUGGCAACUGCGGUCAAAGAGGUGGAGAGCUCGUCAUAUGACCACGAGGAGUACUUUGAUGAAGACUUUGACCUUUCACCGAUCCAGUCUCUCUACUUCCAACGGCCAAACACACAUGGCCACUUUAACCAAUCAUUCUAUCUUCGAGUCGCACGAAUAACCAGUGCAAACGAAUUCCAUGCCGCAGUUAGACAGCUUGUCACUCGUCAUUCAAUGCUACGCGCUCGUUUCUCCCAUUCAGCCGAAGGCGGAUGGCAACAGCGUCUCACAAACGACAUUAAUGGGUCUUAUCGCUUCCGCCAUUCUACUGUUACCUCCCAGGCCACAAUAGACGCUUCCAUUGAGGACACGCAGCAAUGCCUUGAUCAUGCCGUUGGGCCACUCUUCGCCGCUGAUUUCUUUGAUUACGGAACUCAGCAAUUUGCGUUUGUCACUGGCCACCAUCUCGUGGUUGAUCUAGUCACGUGGCGACUUUUGUUGGAAGAACUCGAAGAGAUCUUGAAAGGCGGGCAGCUUUUGGCGCCAGCGCUUCCGUUCCAGAAAUGGGCGGAACUGCAACAAGAGCAUGCAGAGUCUCUGGAACUCGGUGACAUUCUCCCUGAAGUCGAUGUCCCGCACAUGGACUUUUCGUAUUGGGGCAUUCAGCACCAGGAUAACACCUAUGGCAACGCAAGCCAUGCCAGCUUUGAGCUCGACAACGAGCUCAGCUCGGCAUUUCUCACGACUUGUCACAAUGCCUAUAAGACGGAGCCGGUUGAAGUCUUACUCGCGUCUCUAAUUCAAUCUUGGUCCCUAGUUUUUACUGACCGACCAAUUCCCGCGAUAUUCAAUGAAGGCCAUGGCCGCGAGCCAUGGGACUCCAGUAUCGAUAUCACUCGUACGGUGGGAUGGUUCACUGCUUUGUCACCUAUUCUUGUGAACCCAUCCGAGAAACUCACGGAUACAGUUCGCACGAUAAAGGAUUUCAAACGCCGCAUUCCUGGUAACGGUCGUCCGUACUUUGCUCGGCGAUGCCUCACCGAGGGUGGUCGCGAAAGUUUCAAGUCACAUUGGCCAAUGGAGAUCUUAUUCAACUAUCUUGGCCAAUAUCAGCAACUUGAGAGGGCGGACGCUCUUCUUCAGCCAGUGGGCACCAUGGCUGGUGAGACUGGUAAGGCUGGAGGUACUUCUGACUUUGGCCAUAGUACUUGCAGAUGGGGACUUUUCGAAAUCUCCGCCUUUGUCUUCAAAGGUCGUCUCAAAGUUGCAUUUACUUUCAACCGCGAUAUGCUUCAUCAAGCAAACGUCUUGAGAUGGGUUUCGGAGUGCGAAGCAACCAUUUCAAAUAUGAUUCGCGGACUCAAUGUGUUGGAGCCAAAGCCAACUCUCAGCGAUUUUCCACUUCUAUCUCUAACUGAGGAAAGCUUCAACUCCAUUCUCGGUAGACUUUCGGCCAUGGGAAUUCCCGACACCGACGUGGAAGACAUAUAUCCCUGCUCCAGUAUGCAGGAAGGUCUAUUACUAUCACAGACUAAAGAUUCUGGCUACUAUGCUGCUGCUACACUUCAUGAGGUCUUAAUGCCAGAGUCCCAGAUGUCUUGGAAGACCGUUGCUGAGGCUUGGCAACAAGUUAUCAAGCGCCAUCCAGCAUUGCGAACUGUUUUCGCCGAGAAUGUGGGCGUGAAGGGUCUCUACAACCAGAUUGUCCUCAAGAACAUUGAGGCCAACGUCGUCCACCUUGAGGCUGCGGAUGAAGAUGAUGCUAUCAGAAUCAUUGAGCAGCAGAGAUCCAUUUCUUACAAUCACGGCCAAUGCCCAAACCAUCGCCUCACAAUCUGUGAUACGGCCGACGGAAGAAUCUUCUGCUCUCUGGACAUUAGCCAUGCAAUCAUGGAUGGGCAUUCUAUGAGCUUACUUAUCAGUGAGCUGAGGGCAGCAUGUGAGGGACAACUUGCACUCGGCUGCACUCCGCUCAGUGCAUACAUUGCAUGGCUUACCCGGCAGCCAGAGGAAGCCAGCCUGGAAUUCUGGAAGUCCUACCUACAUGGUAGCGAGAUCUCUUCAUUUCCUGUUCUCGACGAUGGACAAGGGCAGCUUCUAGAAAAGAAGCUAGUCACGAUUCGCAUGGAUCUGUCUAGCAUUAGCUUGCCCGACUUCCAAUCCUUCUGCAACGCCAAUGGUAUCACACUGUCCAAUGUCUUUCAUACUGCAUGGGCUCUUACAAUCAGUUGCUAUAUGGGUAGCGAUGAUGUCACGUUUGGAUAUCUGACAUCUGCAAGGGAUUCGGAAGAAAUUGAAGACGUGGAGAGCAUCGUCGGUCCACUGAUCAAUACUCUAGUCUGUAGGGUAAACUUUUCCGAUGGAUCCCGAUGUCUUUUCGAUGUAUUACAAGACGUACAAAGAGACUAUAUGGAGGCUCUGCCACAUCGUCACAUCGCCCUUGCUGAUGUUCAACACGCCCUUGAAUUGUCAGGUGCGAACUUGUUCAACACCGCGCUGUCGUACCGUCGCUUGCCUCAGGAUCAGGCUGUAAAUCAUUCUGGAGUCCGCUUACAGGAAGUUCGCCCAAUCUAUGACCCGACUGAGUAUCCGGUCAGCAUUAAUAUUGAAGUUGGUGAUGACAGCACAGCAGUCGAUCUUGAUUAUUGGACGGAUCACCUCACUCCAGAUCAAGCUACAAACGUCGCCAACACUUUUGUUCGAGCUUUGGAGAAUAUUGUUUUCCAUUCAAAACGACGCAUUUCAACUUUGGAACAUAUAAGUCCAGAGCAUCUCCGCCAAAUUCACGACUGGAACAUCAUGCCAGAAACCAUCAAUGAAUGUGUACACGACAGAUUCUUUCAAUGGGCUAACCGCCAGCCCGAUGCUCAGGCAAUAUGUGCACAUGACGGAGAAUAUACGUACGCUGAAUUGGAGGUCGUUACUGAUCGAUUAGCACAUCAUCUCGUCCAGCUAGGCGUAAGGCCCGAGACAUUUGUUCCAACAUGCUUUGAUAAAAGCAUGUUCGCUAUCAUCGCCAUGUUGUCCGUUAUCAAGGCAGGUGGCGCUGCUGUUCCUCUUGAUGCCACGCAUCCUGCGAAUGCCCUACAGACACGUCUUGAGGAUGCUGACUCGAAGAUUGUUUUAACGACAUCCACACGCGCCGAAAAGUUUGAAGGGCUAGUAGACAAUAUUAUUGUUGUAGAUGACUCCCUAUUACAGAGUCUUCCAGCAGUUCGCGGUCCGAUCAACACAGGCGUACAGCCGCAUCAUCCAGUCUUCGUCAUCUUCACUAGCGGUAGUACCGGAAGACCCAAGGGCGUGGUACUCGAGCAUUCUGCUAUGGUCACCAGUGCCGAAGCACACGGAUCAAGGAUUGGUCUGGAUCAUAGUGCGCGCAUGCUGCAAUUUGCUUCUUACACAUUCGACAACUCACUCGAAGAGAUGUUUACUACUCUCCAGAGGGGAGGUUGCGUGUGUGUCCCCUCUGAAGCUGAUCGGGUCAAUGAUCUUGCCGGAGUUGUAACCAGGCUUAAUGUUAACAUGAUGGACCUCACACCGACAGUAGCUUCCUUGCUUACUCCGGAAGAGGUUCCAACGCUAAAGCGAUUGGCCCUCGGUGGAGAGGCCCUCACUAAGGCGAUGGUCGAGCUUUGGAGCCCACAUGUAUCACUAUUCGGCCAAUACGGACCCAGCGAAGCGUCAAUUAACUCCGCGUUCAAGGACUUUAGUGAUGGUCGUGGUGAAGCAACCAAUAUCGGCAAAGCUGUCGGAUGCGUCACAUGGGUUGUUGAUCCUGAAAACCGUAAUCGCUUGAUGCCGAUAGGUUGCAAAGGAGAACUUCUUCUCGAAGGGCCAAUUCUUAGUCGUGGCUACCUGAAAGACAUGGAAAAGACGCAGGCUGCUUUCAUCACUGAUCCGGAGUGGGCCCGCGUUACAGGACCGACAGGGCGUCGGUUCUAUUGUACCGGAGAUCUUGUUCAUUAUACUUCAGAAGGUGAAAUGAUGUAUCUGGGUAGGAAAGACUCGCAGGUCAAACUUCACGGGCAGCGCAUUGAGUUAGGUGAGAUUGAGCACCACCUCCAGCUCAACUUGUCGACCAGCGCCAAAUCGGCCGUGGAACUAGUCAAGUUUAACGACAUCAACGCUACUAAAGCUCUGGUAGCAUUCUUGUGCCUGUCUGAAGAAGAGGAAAUGGUGGCUAUCGGCGAAAUGACCGAGUCGUUGCGAGCAAUGGCGAAGCAAGCGGAAAUAGGCCUUGCUAAUGCGCUACCUGUUUAUUAUGUUCCUUCGGUUUUCAUGCCAGUCACGCGCAUGCCAAUGACUACCUCAGGCAAGCUUGACCGAAAAGUGUUACGAACAUUGGCAGCAGCAGUUUCAGAUUCGCAGCUCGCAUCCUACCGGCUAGCAGGAAAGAGUGGCCGCACACCCGAGGGGCAUAUCGAAGUCACCUUGGCGCGUGUCUGGGCUUCUGUGCUGAAGCUCAGUGAUGGAGCAAGCGCAAUUGGCGCAGAAGAUUCUUUCUUUCGACUCGGUGGUGAUUCCAUUAGUGCUAUGAGACUGGUGACUGCGGCUAGGAAAGAUGGCAUUCUUCUGAACGUGGCCAAUGUCUUCUCACAUCCAAAGUUGGUCGACCUCGCAGCCACUGCUAUCGUUUCCUCCGAAGAGACAUCGCUCGUCACGGAUGCGACUCCCUUUGAGAUGCUCCCAGCAGCUAACCGUCAAGCUGUUCUGGGGCUUGCAGCCUCAGAGUGCAGUGUCUUCCCAGACUCCAUUGAAGACAUUUAUCCAUGCAGCAAGCUCCAGGAGGGCCUGAUAAUGCUGACCAAUAAAGAUCCCGGCACUUAUGUAGUGCAGCCUGUCUACAGAUUGCCUUCAGACAUUGACAUCGCGCGCUUUAAAGCCGCUUGGAAAGCAGUAGUCGCUGCCGAAUCCGUCCUCCGCACACGUAUCGUUUACUCCGAGAAGUAUGGGUUUCUUCAGGUUGUUUUGCGGGAGGAGCUUUCCUGGCAUUCCCUUUCUGGAGUACAGGACAUCAACGAAAGUACCAGAAGACUUCCUGCGAAAAAUGGGGCGCCACUCAUCACUCUUACUCUUGUAGGAGAGAACACCACCCAGCCCAUGUUCGUCUGGACAGUUCACCAUGCCAUCUACGACGGUUGGAGCUGGACAAACCUGUUUCGCAAAGUGGAAAUGCACUACCAUAACGAUGUGCAAGACAUGCCUGCUACGGUUCCUUACUCACGCUUCGUCAAGUAUCUUUGCUCCUUGGACCAGAAAGAGUCCGAUGCGUUCUGGACGUCGCAACUUGACAACGUAGCGAUUACUCAAUUCCCUCAAUUGCCUUCUCCUGAUUACCACGUUGAGACGAACAGCCAGCUACUCCAUUAUGUCCAGUUGAAGCGAAAUGCGGAGCUGGAAGUCACAGUACCCUCUAUAAUUCGAGCAGCUUGGGGCCUUCUCCUCGCGACAUAUUCAGGUUCAGAUGAUGUGGUAUGGAUGGAAACGAACAGUGGUCGGGAGGCUGUCGUUCCUGGCAUUGAGGCUAUAAUUGGCCCCACCAUCACAACUGCACCUGCUCGAUUACGGCUUAAUCGUGCUCUGACAGUUCACGAAUAUCUCAAAGAAACACAGAAACAGUCAUCUUUGUCUCUGCCUUACCAAUUCGCCGGUCUACAACAUAUCCGCAGACUCAAUUCAGAGACGGCGGCAGCCUGCGAGGCCCAGAGCUUCUUAGGUAUCGAGGCAGCUGAUGAUAUUGAUUCGCAUAGCCCGCUUUGGCAGAUGGAGAGUAGUAACACCGUUGGUACCAACUUCCUGAACUACGCCUUUACCUUUAAUUGCAAAGUGGACUCAACCGGUGUCCGCGUUGAAGCAUUAUUCGAUGAUCGCGUUGUCGAAAAGUGGCUCGUCGAGCGUAUCACUCAGCAAUUUGAGUUCCUGCUCUGUCAACUGAAUGCAAACAUCAAUAUGGACAAGAAGUUGGAAGAUGUCGAGUUGCUCAACCCCGCUGACCGAGACGUGAUCAGUGCAUGGAACAGCCAGCCUGUACCGACCAUCCCCAGAUGCAUUCACGAUGUCAUCCAGGAAGACCAGUCCGCACGAAGGCUCACAGCGCCUGCUAUCGACGCUUGGGAUACUGGUGUCAUGAGUUACCAGGAGCUUAAUGAACGCGCUACAGCACUUGCGUACCGACUAACAGCCUUGGGUGUGAAGCCUAGACAAUUCGUGCCGCUUUGUUUUGACAAGUCAGGCUGGACGAUCGUUGCUAUGCUUGCUGUUCUCAAGGCAGGCGCUGCUUUCGUCCCUCUAGACUUCGAAGCUCCUGUCCUCAGACUUCGUGAGAUAGUAGGUGAUGUAGGCGCAGAAUUACUUCUUUGCGCGCCGCAGUACGAAGAGCUUUGUGAAUCGAUUCCCUGCAGAGCCCAAGUGGUGGAUCGAGAGUCAACCAUCUACAACAAGCCACGUCUCCCAUGUCUUCCUUCGGUUGAUUUUAAUGAUCCAGCAUACGCAUUCUACACUUCUGGGUCGACUGGAAAGCCAAAAGGGGCUGUGGUCAAUCAUGUGCAUUGGGUCACAAGCUCCACUGCCUUCGCUCCAGGCUGGAAGAUUUCCGAGACCUCCAGGAUUCUCCAAUUCGCUUCCUACACCUUUGAUGCCUGCCUGAUUGAAAUCUUCACUAAUCUCAUGAAUGGCGGUACCAUAUGUGUUCCAGAUCAGGCCGCUCGAACGAACGAUCUUGUGGGAGCUAUCAACCAAUUCAAUGUGAACUGGGCUGCCCUAACUCCUUCAGUCAUCCGUACAAUGACCCCAUCGCAAGUUCCACAUCUUAAAACAUUAUUCUUGGUUGGAGAGGCCAUGUCUCAACAGGAUCUCACGACAUGGGCGGACAAAGUCACACUCGGCAACGGCUAUGGUCCAACUGAAUGCGCUUGUGUAGCUACCUGUAAUAUUAUGACGCCCAGCACACGACCAAAUAAUCUGGGUGAUGUUGUCACAGCCAGAGGAUGGAUUGUUUUGCGCAACAAUCACCACAUACUUGCACCUGUUGGAGCUGUUGGCGAGUUGCUGCUAGAGGGAGGUGCAGUUGGUGCAGGAUACCUUAACAACCCGGAAAAGACAGCAGAGGCAUUCCUCACAGCGGUACACUGGUCAACAGAUUUGCUUGGCGCAAAUGAAAGCAAACCCCUACGCAUCUACAAGACUGGAGACUUGGUGAAGUACAAUGAAGACGGUACAAUGCUGUACCUCGGUCGCAAAGACUUCCAGGCUAAGGUUCGGGGCCAACGAUUGGAAUUAUCCGAAGUCGAACAUAAGCUCCUUGACGACCGUAUGGUGCAAAGCGCUCUCGCCUCUGUUCCUACCAAGGGCCCCUGUGCCAAACGGCUAGUCGCAAUACUCUCACUGCAGAACAUGCCGGCCGCCGCAUUGGGCACUGCAAGCCCACUGCAGAUCAUAUCUCAAGAGAUUGCUUCAAAAAAUGUUGCCAGUAUCAGGGACAGCCUUUGUGAACGCUUACCAACGUACAUGAUCCCAUCUUUGUGGGUUGCUAUCAAUCGCUUCCCUUUGAUGCCAUCUGGAAAGCUAGAUCGAAGAUGCGCGGCGCAAUGGUUGGAGCAAAUGGACCAGGCUACCUAUCGAAUGAUUUCGACAAUAGGUGCAGAAGCCCCUGAUACGAAUAGUGGAUCUUCGAUUGAGCACAAGUUACAAGAGAUCUUCGCCAAAGCACUGAACCUGCCUGCUAGCGAUAUUCGGCUGAACCAGUCCUUCUUACAUCUCGGCGGCGAUUCGAUUGCGGCUAUGCUAGUUUCAUCACAAUGUCGCACACAGGGCCUCCCAAUCAGCGUAAAAGACAUUAUUCGUGCAAAAUCAAUCACAGCCUUGGCUUCUGCAGUUGACCUUUCUAAAAAUUCUGAGCCUGCCCCUGAAGUUACGGAAUACUCUUUGCCUUUUGGUCUUUCGCCGAUUCAAAAGGUGUUCUUCGAAACUGUUGGCGACUCAUACAAUCACUUCAAUCAGGCCGAGACAUUGCGCCUUUCUCGAAACACCGAGGAGAGUGAACUUCGAACUGCCCUUGUGGCCCUGGUCAAAAUUCAUCCCAUGCUCCGAGGACGCUUCACCAGGAAUGAAGUCGGAAUCUGGAAGCAGCGCAUUGAACAAGAUGUUGAGAAUUCAUUCAGGCUACAGCACCAUCGCGUCCAGGAAAUGAGUGAUCCGGAGCUACAGCGCGCGUUCGACGAUAGUCAGGCGAGCUUGAACGUCACCAGUGGCCCAACUUUCGCAGUUGAUCUAUUCGAAAUCGAGGAUGACUUCUCCCAAGUGCUAACACUAGUUGCUCAUCACCUCGUUAUUGAUAUCGUUUCGUGGGGUGUUGUUCUCGAAGAUCUCCAGGCGUUGUUAAAUGGAGUGCAGCCUUCUCCUCAGAGUCUGCCUUAUCAUGCAUGGUUGCAACAGCAAUUUCUGCAAGUCAAACAAGAGAAUCCUAGGAACUUCUUCCCCACCGUGGAAAUUCCGCCUGCCAAAUUUGAUUACUGGGGUAUGGAAGGACGACCUAAUCUCAAUGGUGAUUUGAUUAGUGCAGACAUAGGGCUGUCCACCCGUGACACAAUGCUGCUUCUUGGCGCACAGGAUGCUCUAGCAACGGAGAUUGUCGAUAUCCUGGUUGCCGGGCUUCUAGAAUCUUUCCAUAAAACAUUUCCAGAUCGGUCUCCCGUUGCGAUACAUAACGAAGGUCAUGGCAGAGAAACAUUCAAUUCUCAUCAGGAUCUAUCUCGGACAAUUGGCUGGUUCUCCACCGCGACUCCAAUUUAUCUACCUAUAUCUGCAGAUGAGAAGACAGAUAUCAUCAGCACAAUCCAAUGGGUUAGGGAUUUUAGACUCAGAACUCCGGACAAAGGACGACCGUAUUUUGCCUACAGAAAUUUGACUGAAGAAGGCCGGAAACGAUUUGAUGGCCACUGGCCAGCUGAGGUUUUGUUUAACUAUGUCGGAAGGCUUCAACACCAAGAUCGUAAAGAUGGCAUGUUCACUAGUCUUACCAGCCUGAAAUCUAAAGAGAUUGGAGACGAAAUCCCUCGUCUUGCUCUUUUCGAAGUCACUGCUGCAAUCUCCAAAGGAGCCAUCAACAUAUCCUUUGAUUGGAACCGGAACAUGAAUCGGCAACAAGAGAUCCGCGAAUGGGUUGGACAAUGUCGGCAGACGCUUGUUGAUGCCAUCGAUGAACUAUUACAAGUUCGACAAGAGCAGAGCCUCAGGAACUUCCGAAGUUUGCCGCUGCUCUACAAUGGUCUCUAUAGGGUUAUAAAGGCCCUUCCUGCGGGCUUGAAUCUUGUCGACAUUGAAGAUAUCUACCCUGCCUCUCCUAUGCAACAAGGACUGCUCUUCACGCAAUCUCGAAAUCCUGACCUAUACACGUAUCAAACAACAUGCCAGGUCAAAUCAACUGACAAUAUUCCGGUCGACCCUCUUCGACUUGCCGAAGCAUGGCAGGUGGUAGUUCACCGCCACCAAGCCUUGCGUACCAUCUUCAUCGACAGCCUUGCCAAAGACGGCUCCAAAGACCAAAUUGUUGUCAAAAACAAGGCCGGAAGAGUCCAGUUGUUUGCGGAUUGCGAUGACCGACGCAUUGCAGAGAUGCUACGUGGUCUAGCUCCAAUCGAUUGUCGUGAACUUACCCCUCCACACAAAAUGACUAUCGCAAAAACGAAGUCCGGCAAAGUAUGGAUGAAGCUUGAAAUCAGUCACGCGAUCAACGACGGUACUUCUGUUUCGAACAUGCUUGUUGACCUCGCUCGUGCGUACGCGAGGAAGCUCUCGCGAGCAGACAUCGGACCCCUUUACUCCGAUUACAUCGAGCAUGUUCUGUCGAUGCCGAGAGAUGCUGAUCUGGCUUACUGGAAGACAUACCUUUCGGGAAUUGAACCUUGCUUCUUCCCGACUCUCAACGAUGGGAAGCCACUUGCGCGUGAACCUGCUUCAGUCGUUGUUGAUAUACGUCACAUCGAUACUGUGCAAGCAUUCUGCAAGCGAAAUGGGGUAACUCUUUCCAACCUUCUUCAACUUACUUGGGCUUUGACUUUACACUACUACGUCGGCGCCUUUGAUGUUUCCUUUGGCAUAGUAGCAUCGGGUCGGGACAUACCUGUUACCAACAUUGAGUCUGCUGUAGGGUGCUUCAUUACCAUGCUUUGCGGUCGUCUGGUAUUCUCAGACGACACAACUAUUGCCGAACUUCUCGACUCGCUUCAAAUAAGCUCCACAGAUGCUCUAUCUCACCAAAAUUGCUCUCUUGCCGAUGUUCAGCAUGAGAUGCAAUUACCCGCACUCUUCAACACCGCUUUCACAUUUCAGCGCCGCAGUCUCUCACGCGACCCUGAUCAGAUAGCGCUCCUCUACGAGGACAUGGAAGCGGACGAUUCCGGGGAGUAUAUUGUCACUGUCAAUGCGGAUGUCAUGGAUGACAGUAUCACUAUCGAUUUUGGGUAUUCACAAGACAAGAUCAUUCCUACCCAAGCUCAGAAUAUGGCGGAUACAUACGAGAAGAUCUUGAAUAUCAUUGUGGGCAAUGUGGCCAGCGAACUCACGGUUGGGGGUGUGGAUGUAUCUACCGAAGGCAGCCUUCGCCAGAUUCUGGGUUGGAAUGCAGGGCUCCCUCCUCCUAUCAACAGGUGUAUACACAAGGUCAUCCAUGAUCAAGCUCUAACGAGGCCACGCAUGACAAAGGCAGUCGAGGGAUGGGAUGGCUCGUUCACCUACCAGGAGUUUGACAGAGUCACCGAUCAGUUGGCGGCUUAUCUUCAGUCUAUUGGUAUCAAGACCGAGACUUUUGUUCCCAUAUUGUUCGAGAAGUCAUUAUGGGCAAUUGUCAGCAUGAUAGCUAUCAUGAAAGCAGGGGGCGCGUAUGUUCCUCUUGACCCCAAACACCCGCAGACGCGUCUUCGCGAACUCAUAACAGAUGUCGGAGCCGAGGUUGUCUUAUGCUCCCGUAAGUAUCAAGCAACUGCAUCGGAGGUGGCCAAGACACCCUUAGUAGUUGACCAGCGCUCGAUCCGAAAGCUAGCAACGCCUGCUUCUAGCGCACUUCUUGCAGCAGCAACUCCUGAAAAUGCAGCGUACUGCCUAUUUACGUCUGGCACCACGGGAAAGCCGAAGGGGACAAUUAUCUCUCAUCGAGCAUUUUGCACAAGCGCAGCUGCCUUCACGCGUCGCAUGAACAUUAAUGCUACGUCGCGCACUUUCCAGUUCGCCUCUUACACAUUUGAUGCCAGCUGCAUAGAAAUCCUGUCUGCGUUGACAGUGGGCGCGACAGUUUGUGUACCAUCGGAAGAUGAUAGGAUGAAUAACUUGGCCGGUGCGAUUCGCAAGUUGAAGGCCAAUUGGUCGUUGCUUACUCCUUCUGUCCUUGGUACUGUUGAGCCAGAGCGCGUUCCCUGUUUAAAGACUCUCGUGUCCGGCGGCGAAGCACUCCCUGGGCAUAUCCUCAAGAAAUGGGGCUCCAGCACAUGCUUUAUCAAUGCAUACGGACCAACGGAAUGUGCCGUUGUAGCAGCUACUGCGUACAAAUCCACGCUCGACCACAAACUGAUCGUAUCUGAACCUGGGACUAUCGGUACUGGAAGCGGAUGUCGUUUGUGGAUCGUUCACCCACGAAAUCAUGACAAACUUAUGCCGGUAGGCACCGUGGGUGAAUUGGUCAUUGAAGGACCGACUGUUGCUCGCGGGUACUUGAAUGAGGAAGAAAAGACAAGAAAAGCAUUCAUCACUAAUCCUUUGUGGACGGCAACAAUCGCUGCGCAAUAUAGCACAUUCGAGACUGUUCGCAUGUACAAGACUGGCGACUUGGUUCGCUACAACAGUGAUGGUUCUGUGAGUUAUGUCGGACGCAAAGACACGCAAAUCAAGCUCAACGGACAACGUGUUGAGCUGGGUGAAAUCGAGUACCACGUAGGCCAGAACCUCCCGGAGAACGUACAAUCAGCCGUCGAACUGAUUGCACCAUCGACCCGGAGCUCAGCGAAAGCGUUGGCAGUAUUCUUCUCAGUUGUACAUCCUCCUCUGAUCGAGGGAGAACAAGAUGUACAGCAUGCAACGGCUGAUGAUGUAGGUUCUGAAGAACUACUUCUUCCUUUAGACGACCAACUGCGAGACAUCUGCAAGAAUGCAGAAAAUGGCCUCGCAGGCUCUCUACCGACAUACAUGAUCCCUUCUAUCUUCAUACCGGUCAAAAAGAUGCCAUGGACAUCGGCUGGAAAAUUGGAUCGAAACCGUCUACGAGGGUCUGUACAAGAUCUUAGCCGUGAAGCGCUAGCCAUGUACCGUCUCAGCAGCAUGGCAAACAAGAAACAACCUACCACAGAUGCGGAGAAGAAGAUCCACAAGGCGGUUUGUGUGGUUCUGAAUCUGCCUGCUUCCUCGGUCAGUAUCGAUGAUAGCUUUGUCCGUCUCGGUGGUGACUCAAUCUCAUCCAUGCGCCUCAUUGCGAUGGUGCAGACUGAACAACUGGAACUAUCUUUCAUCGAUAUCUUCAAAUCACCCAAGCUCGCCGAUCUGGCCAAAGUUGCCUCGCACACCAGCACUGCUAGCCAGCAUGAGAAAUCUUUACAGCCAUUUCAGCUUCUUCGAGACCCUUUCAAGACACCAGAUGUCCUUGCUCAUCUUAUGGAGCAAUGCCAGAUGCCCAGCGCAGAUUUACAGGACGUGUAUCCAACAAGUCCACUUCAAGAUGCACUCAUCACGCUCACCAUCAAGCAGCCGGGGGCAUAUGUCGCGCAGCAUGUCCUCGCGCUUCCACAGUCCAUGGAUGUGGCCAAGUUUAGAUCAGCGUGGGAAAAGGCUAUCGGAGAUAUCGAUAUCCUACGCACUCGUAUCAUCCAACUUUCAUCUGGUGCAUUUAUGCAGGUUGUGCUUAAGGAGGACCGAAUUGACUGGAAUGAAACAGGUUCCCUUCAGGAUGUUCAAGCGGAAGUGCUAAGAAUCCCCUCACACCAUGGCGGCCGCCUUGCGACUUAUACAAUCGUCACCACCGAAUCCAAUCAGCGGUACUUUGUAUGGACAAUGCAUCACGCUCUUUAUGAUGGCUGGAGUAUCUACUUGAUGCUGCAGCGCGUCCAGCAAAUCUACAUGAAAGGCGCAUCGAACAUGUUGCAAACCCCUUACGCUCGAUUCAUCCAAUACCUGUCCAACAGAGAUCACAGUGUUUCAAAAGAGUAUUGGAGAACAAACCUGGACCAGGUCGACGCAUACCAGUUUCCCAGAUCUUCGCAGGUCAGCACAAAGGACAAACCGAGUGGACAAACACUUCAUCAUCAGAUGAAACUAGCCCCCCACAAGCAUGUCGAUGUUACACCCACGAAUGUCAUUCGAGCGGCCUGGGCUAUAGUACUUGCGGCCUACACACACAGUAAUGACGUAGUGUUUGGAGAGACCCUCACCGGACGCGAUGUUGCCGUCAAUGGCAUCAUGGACGCAUGUGGGCCUGUCUUGACGACUGUUCCAACAAGAGUGAAGAUCGAUAGCGGAUCAACCAUUCGUGAGCUUCUUCAAGCGAUAGCAUCCAAUGCUACCGAGCGUAUACCGCAUCAGCACUAUGGCAUAUCUGCCAUUAAGGCGAUUGGCAACGAAGCAGCAGCUGCCUGCGAUUUCCAGAAUCUUUUGGUAGUUCAAACGGAAAAUGAGGUACUUGAAAACUCGAUGUGGUCAAUUCACGACAACGGCAACCAAGGCAAUUUCUUCACGUACCCUCUGGUCAUCGAAUGCAAGAUCAGAUCUUCCAGCACUGAUGUUCUUAUGCAUUUUGAUGCGGACGUCAUCUCCCCUUGGCAUGUUCAGCGACUCGCUUAUCAGUUCGAGUCUGUAUUGAAUCAACUCCAAAACGCGACGCGCAUCAGCCAAAUCAGUGUCUUCAGCGACCAGGACAAGCAGCUCGUUCGUAAAUGGAACAGUGGUGAGCCCCUAUUAGUUGAUGAAACUAUACCAGCUGUAUUCCAAAAGAACGCGACUGCUCAACCCGACGCAGUUGCAGUUGCAGCGUUCGAUGGUGAACUUACGUACGCUGAGCUCGCUAGCUACGCGACGAAUUUGGCACAGGAACUCCUCGAUCUCGGUGCCGGUCCUGAAACACUCAUCUUGAUAUGUUUGGAUAAAUCACUCUGGACUAUUGUUGCGAUCAUGGGUAUCAUUCUGGCUGGUGCUGCCUACGUACCAUUGUCGCCAGAACACCCUCCCUCCCGACAUGAGCAGAUUAUUGAGACAUGCAAGUCUUCUAUCAUACUUUGCUCACCAUCAUACAAGUCUCGAUUCGAAGCCUUGGUGGAGCACGUUCGGACUGUUACAGGAGAUUCCAUACGAAAACUUCCAGCACCCGAAGCGCCGCUGCCCCAGAAGAUCAGAAGCAAUAAUGCUUGCUAUGUUCUCUUUACCUCUGGAAGCACCGGAAUCCCGAAAGGUGCUGUCAUAGAGCAUAGAAAUGUCACAUCAAACGCCAUUGCGAUCAGUGAGGCUGCCCAUAUGACUCCUACAUCGAGGGUGAUUCAGUUCAGUACAUUAGUUUUCGACGCUUCUGUUCUUGAGAUCAUCAUACCUCUUCUUCUUAGAGCCACUGUUUGUGUGCCCUCUGAGGAGCAACGCACUACCGAUCUGGCUUCAGCGCUGACUUCGUUGAAAGCCGAUUGGGCUUUCAUGACCCCAUCGGUCGCCAGCACGCUUGACGGGCCCCAGUCGGUUCCUACUCUGAAAACGCUAUCUGUUGGAGGCGAAGCAAUUACUACCGAAGUAAUCAACAAAUGGGCGUCUGGAGUCAAGUUAGUGAAUGGCUAUGGACCGACAGAGUGUUGCAUCUUCGCCGUCAUGAAUGAUAAGGUUCGGGAGCAACGCUCCCUCUCCAACAUUGGGAAUUUGCUUAAAACUGGGCGUGGUUGGCUGACCCAUCCCAACAACCCUCAUCAACUUGCACCUGUUGGAGCGACGGCCGAGCUGUGCCUCGAAGGAUCAAAUGUGGGACGAGAGUACUUGAACGACCCCAAACGAAGCGCGGAAACUUUUGUCGAAAACCCAGAUUUUCUCAAGGACUUCUCUAGGUCUGCUGGGAACCGCAUAUAUCGUACUGGAGAUCUUGUUUCCUAUGAUACUGAUGGUUCUAUCAAGUACAUGGGACGAAAGGACAACCAGAUCAAACUUGCUGGGCAGCGUAUGGAGCUUGGUGAAGUUGAACAUAACCUGCAACGAGAUGACAGUAUUCGCCAGCUAGUCGUACAACUUCCCAAGGCUGGUCCAUGCGCCAAGAAGCUUACUGCUGUUGUCAGCUUCUCGGCCGGUAUGGCGGCACAUGCGAACACUCAGUGGAAUACGCCUCUUUCUGAUCCAGAAUCUCUUUCGCUGCUGAAUCACUCACGAGAGAGGCUGAUGGAAAGAGUUCCGCCAUACAUGGUCCCCAUCGUCUGGAUAGCAGUUCCUCGCAUUCCAUCUCUCGUGUCUACUAAAUUUGACAAAAAGCAGGUCGCUUCCUGGUUGGAGGGUCUUGAUGAUUCUACAUAUGAGAAGAUCAUGCAGACUGAAUACGCUGGGGAUGCAGGAGAAGAGAUAAGCGAUGCUUUUGUCAUGCUCCGUGGAAUAUGGGCGAAGGCCCUGAACAUUCCGAUUGACAGGGUCAAGCCCAACCGAUCCUGGCUUUCAUUGGGUGGUGAUUCUAUUGCUGCCAUGAAGAUGCUUGCAAGGUGCAGAAGUGAAGGCAUCCAUCUCACUUUGAACCAGGUGCUUCGUGCCAAGUCACUUGCUCAUCUGGCAGAGAGCGUGAAGUUUACGGCCACAAUGACCCAUGGCGAAGAACGACUCGAUGAGCCUUUUCAACUGGGACCUAUCCAGCGCUUUUAUUUCCAAAAUGAAGGAGCAGAGCAAAACACGCACUUCAAUCAGUCAUCUACAUUGCGUAUCACUUCGCGCGUGGAGCUCCCUGCUGUCAAGCGAGCCCUUGAUGCCAUCGUUGCAUGCCACGGCAUGCUUCGAGCUCGUUACUCAAAGAAUACGGCAGGAGAAUGGCAACAGCUUGUCAAGCCCGUAGCAAACUCUUACUUGUUUGAGGCCCACGACAUCUCAACUGUGUCUUCGGCUAUCCCUGUCGUAGCUAAUACGCAGAAGAGCCUUGACAUCCGACGAGGCCCGGUUUUCGCUGCAAAUCUUUUCGACAUCAAGGGUGAACAGAUCAUUUUCAUGGCAGCGCAUCACCUGGUAGUCGAUCUCGUGAGUUGGGGCAUGAUCAUACAAGACCUAGACGAUCUUUUGGGAUCGACUGGCUCAACGCCAACGCUACAAAAAGGUCUAUCAUUCCAAGCUUGGUGUGAGAAACAGAGCGUACACACAUUGGACAUGCUUCAGCAAUCAUCUAUUCAAAGGCAGCCUCUUGUCGUACAACCAGCAAAUCUCUCGUUCUGGGGUAUGGACACAAGAUCCAAUCUGUAUGGGGAUGUCGAAAGAGACGAUUUUACCAUCAGCAAAGAGAUCACCGCUAUGGCAACAGGUCAUCAUCAUGUGUACAAAACAGACCUUGUGGACAUCUUCCUUGCGGCCGUUAUACAUUCUUUCUCACGUGUUUUCAUUAAUCGCAAGGUCCCGACAGUCUUCAACGAGUCUCAUGGACGCCAAGUAUGGGAAUCAAGCAACAUAGACCUUUCCCGGACUGUUGGAUGGUUUACAACGAUGCACCCAGUUACUGUUCCUAUUGAUGAUGAUGAGGACGAAGUUCUUCAUACUCUUCGACAAGUCAAGGAUACGCGCGGAAAGAUUCUGGAUAGUGGAAGGCCUUACUUUGCACAUCGUUUCCUUACUGAGCACGGAAAGCAACAAUUUGCAGACCACGCACCGGUAGAAGUCCUUUUCAACUAUCUUGGUUACCAAGGAAGUUCUGGCGAUGGAAAAUCUUUGCUACAACCUACGAGUAUUGAUAGCGAUGACGGAGAAGAGACUGCCGACGUUGGCAGGAAAACCUCUCGCGUGGCAUUGUUCGAAAUAUCUGCAAUCGUGACUAAUGAUCAGAUCCAGUUCAGCUUCAUGUACAAUCGCUGUUCGAAGAAUCAAAAGGGUAUUCGCAGGUGGAUUGCCGAAUGCCAACGCACUCUGGAGGAGAUUGCCUCUGAGCUAGCCAAGCUGAACAAGCCUCAACCUACAAUAACAGAUCUUCCUCUUUUGCCCUUGGAGUCUUACAAUCGCCUUGAUAGGGUACUCAAAACACUCCCCGAUGUCGGUAUCUCGUCGUUCGAUCACGUGGAGAACAUAUAUCCUUGUUCACCAAUUCAAGACGGAAUGAUUCUCAGUCAAAUUAGAGCUCCUGAGUCGUACUGGUCUUCAACAGUUUUUGAAGUCAAGGCACGACGUGGACCAGUCGAUGCCAAGAAGAUCGUUGAUGGAUGGAGACAGGUCGUCGCUCGCCAUCCAGCUUUACGCACUGUUUUCAUCGAUAGCGUUUGCAAGGGCGGCGUGUUCGAUCAGAUUGUGCUCAAGAAUCCAGACUCUGGAGUUGUCACUUGUACAUGCAGUGACGCAGAGUUGUCCGCGAUGCUGCAGUCCAUUAAGCACAGUUCACUCAACGGCAAGAAGAAACCGGUCCUCCCGCACCAAGCCGCUGUUAUUCAGACUACAUCUGGAAGGGUCAUUAUCAAACUCAUCGUCAACCAUUCGGUGAUUGAUGGAGGAUCUCUUGCAGUCAUCGAAAAUGACCUUCAGGAAGCAUACGAAGGGCGCCUGACCGGGGAAGGUCCACUUUACAGCGACUACAUUAAAUACCUUCGGGAACUCUCUGCAGAUGAUGCCAUCGAAUACUGGAAAGCAAAACUUCGUGGUGUUAGUCCCUGCCAUUUCCCCACUGCGACUCGAGACACAAGUAAACCACGACAAUUAAAAUCCUUUGAUAUGCGUUUCAGCCGCUUUGGAGAGCUCCAUGGUCUUGCGGAAGCCAGUAACGUCACAUUUGCCAACUUGUUCUUGACAGCCUGGGCACUGGUGCUUCGUUCUUACACCAACUCCCCCGACGUUUGUUAUGGCUACCUCACUUCUGGAAGGGAUGUGCCCGUUCCAAACGUAGAAAGCGCCGUCGGAGCAUUCCUGAACAUGCUGGUAUCGCGCGUCGAAAUGAACCAGUCUUCUCAGUUUCUUCAAGUCACGCAAAAGGUGCAGUCAGACUUCAUUGACUCGACUCCGCAUCAGCACUGCUCCCUCGCGCAGUUUCAACACGACUUGGGGCUAUCUGGAAAGGCUCUCUUCAACACUGCCGUCUCGAUCCAAAAACGCAGUGGCCUAGAUGAUGAAACGUCACAUACAAGUAUUGAGUUCGAGCAACUGGACGGCCAUGAUCCUAGCGAGUUCGCCAUCACAGUGAAUAUCGACGCAACGCGGCACGACGAAGGUGUACGCUUCACUUACUGGAGUGAUGCUAUUACGGGUGCGGAGGUCAAGAAAGUAUCCUCUCUCAUGUCCACAAUCUUGGUGCAAGCUCUACGUGACUCCAAGCAAACAAUCGGAGAGCUGGACGCUGUCCUGAAUGGAAAGCCGGCGCAUGCAAGCAUAGCACACUUGGCACCGCCACCGUUACAUCCAUCAAUUCUUCGAUCCGGGACAAGCACUUCCAGCGCGUCAGCGAUCUCUCCACCGCAAACACCCCAAAUCACCUUCCCAGAUAUCUCUGCAGCGGUUCCUGCAACAGCUGGCACACCGGAUUGGACGAAUCUCAUUCGGUCUAUUGUCAGCGAGAUGGUUCCUCAGAUCGUCAAUCAAAUUGUGGCUCAAAACAAGUUGCCGGCAGAAACUACGUCGUCGACUAUCGAUCAAAUGACCACUCAAAUGACGGGUAUGCUUAGUAGGAAAGCAUCUACAUCACACCGUGUUCGCGCGAGCCUUGACGGGCCCAUGGUUCCCGCGGGUUCCAUACAAGCCGAAUCUAUCCGUUCACGUCGUCUGAGUCUCGUCAGUAACGCUGAGAGCAGAAUACAGACGGCCGCUGACAUGGUGGCUACCCUAGGCGCCUAUGCCACAGAGGCUUCGCCCAAGGUGGCCCCUGAUUUUGUAGAGAAGAAGCUUCUCAACUUGUGGAGUGAGCUGCUGGAAAUGGUUGAAGAGUCGAUCGAACAAGAUGCCAGCUUUUUCCAGCUAGGAGGCGAUAGCAUCAUUGCUAUGCGUCUGGUUGGUGCCGCAAGAGAAGAGGGGCUGUCAAUGACUGUUGCAGAUGUGUUCAAGAACCCUACUUUUGCGGACAUGGCUCGCGUGGUACGUGUCGCAGGUGAAGUCAUUGACGAAGUCAUGUCACGAGCGGGCGGCGAAUCAGUGGUGGGUGAUGGGGAUGUUGAAGAUCAAUCGAAGCAUCGACGUCACGGAUCCCGUGGGCGGGCAGCGUCUAUCUGGAGCGACAUGCACUCCAUUGCAUCCGAGCUCAGGAGUGACAUGCAAGGCUUAACCCUCAAUGAGCCGCCACUUAUUGAUGAACCAGAAGUUACAAAGAACGACACAAUGUUCAACAGAUGGCAAGGCUUCUCAGCCCCCGCUCAAGAACGACCGUCUACGCCACGCAAAGUCACGUACAAGACGUCGCCAAUACCACAAACCGUUCAUGAAGGGGUAGAGAGCUCGAACAUCAAGUCUGUCUCUCUCCUUGGCGACCCGAAUGUUGAUAACGUCAUCUCAAAGGUGCAGGUUUUCAAGGGUGGUAUCUCGGAUAUCUUUCCUGUGACAGAUUUCCAAGCUCUUGCUAUUACUGGAUCAAUCAUGGAGUCCAAAUGGAUGCUCAAUUAUUUCUACCUCGAUGGACGAGGACCACUGGACCUCCGGAAGCUCAAACAAGCUGCUUAUCGCAUGGUACAAGCCUUUGACAUCUUGCGCACCGUAUUUGUUCCUUACGGCGAUCGCUUCCUCCAAGUCGUUCUACGUAAACUUCAACCAGAAUUUAUGUACGAGCAGACUGACGACGAUUUUGAUACCUUCACCAGAGGCUUGCAGCAAAGGGAUCGUGAGAUGGGCCCUCGCGUUGGCGAAGCCUUUAUUCAGUUUGUGGUCGCGAAGCAAAAGCAAACUGGAUCUCACCGUAUCUUCAUGAGGUUGUCGCAUGCCCAGUACGAUGGCGUAUGCAUGUCAAAAAUCCUUCUUGCACUCCAGGAUGGUUACAAUGGCCUUCCUGUCUCAUCUGCUCCAAGUUUCGGCAACUUUGUUCGAGAAACGGCAAAGACAGUGAGUGGAGCCCACGAACAUUGGAGAGAAGUACUUCGUGGAUCCAAGAUGACCGAGAUUGUUAACCGCUUUGGUCCAAAUUACCAACGUGCGGCUGGUCGCUCAAUCACUCUAGAAAGAAAAGUCGACUCACCCUCGCUUAAGCGUUUCGACAUCACCAGUGCCACUGUUGCCAAGGCAGCUUGGACAUCGACUCUUGCACGUAUCGCCAGCAAAUCUGACGUCGUGUUUGGGCACGUCAUCUCUGGUCGCAACGGAAGCGUUCCAAACAUUGAGAAUAUCAUCGGUCCUUGCUUGAACAUGGUUCCCGUACGUGUUAUGUACCGACCUGACUGGACUGUCCUCGAUCUGCUUCGAAACAUACAAGACCAGCAGAUAUCUAACAUGCCGUACGAGGCACUUGGUUUCCGCGAGAUUACUCGCCACUGCACAGAUUGGCCAGACUGGACCAACUUUUCAAGCAUCCUGCAACACGACCAGGGUACCCAGGUCAAUCACCAAAGCAUGCAACUAGGAGGCGUAGAGUACACUGUCGGCGCCCUCGGAUCGCAAGAGGACUUUGCAGAUCUUUCCAUACACACGAUCUCGCGCACCAACAAUGAGAUGGAAGUCCGCCUAACAUACGCUCCAAAUAGCACCAUUACCGCGGAUUUCGCACAACAUGUUUUUGAGAUGCUUUGUGCCAACAUUAUCGCCUUCUCUCACAGCCCUCGCGAUGUACUACCAUCGCCUUCCGAAUUCAGCUCUCAAAGCCCAACAACCAUCAAUCCGGAGAAGAUGCGCAAGAGAUCUGCAGAAAAACAGCCCAUCUCACUUCCAACCGACACUGGUCUCAAUCUCCAAGAGACAAACAACGUCGCCGAAAUACUACGGGCGGCAUGGGAACAGAUUCUCCACGAUGAGAACGGUCUACCCGCCCCCGUCGAGCUAAACUCCGAUUUCUUCCAACUCGGCGGCGACAUCAUGGGCCUAGCGCAAGUCGCCUCCAUACUCGACCAAGACGGUCUCAAGGUGCGCGUCGAGGAUCUGCUCGAUAAUUCCGUCUUCUUCGAUCAAGUAGGUAUUGUGGCUGCGGAGCGAAAGAAGCAGAUCGAUCGUGAUGCGCAGAAUCCUUGGGGCGAUAAGGGUAGGCUGAGGGUCGAGGAGAGGACCAAGGAACGUAGGGGUAGUGCGUUGGGGACGCUGGCGAAGAGGUUUGGGUUUAGUAGGAAGGAGAGUUCAAAAGAAUUUCCCAAGGCGCCAUGAGAGGCUUUGAUGUGUAGUUGGUUACAGUUUGGUUGAUUUGAUAUGGAUUUAUUGUUGUCUAUUGUAGUUGGUUGGAUUAUUGGUGUUAUCUGUUUUUGCUUUGGUUUCUUGUCUUACGAUGUCUUUCUUUUUUCUCUCUCGGGGUUUGGAUCUGACUGGCGUUUAUUGAAUUUUCCGGUGUGGGAUAAAGGAUGGGAGUUUUGGCUGCUAUUUUCUUCUUUCUGUUGCAGUAUUAAUUCAACUGUUCAAGACAUAUUCCUGCUUCCAUCUUGGGAAGAUACAGUGACUAGCCAAAAGUUCGCGACUCAUUAGUGUAUCCUGCCAAGGCCCACAUAUUCACUUUGAGGUUUCUCGAAAGACACGUUUUU